GUCCGACAUUCUAUCAUUUUUGAGAAAGGAUUAUCUUAAAAAACAUUCCACUUGCUUUUUUAAUAAUACCAAUAAAGCUAACCAAUUUUACUCAAGAAAGCACUCUUUUAUUUCCAGCGCCUUUGUUUUGUUAGUGCCUGAGGCAAAGCCUGUUGCAGAAAGGGGAGUCCAAGUCAGGAGAGGGCCUCAGGACCAACCCCGGCUUAGAAACUGGACUCCCGCGCUGAUGGGUAGUAGCUAGCAGCUGUGCCUGAUUCUCACAAUCCUGAAGAGCCAUCACGGAGUUACUACCUGCCCCCCACACUUAAAGUGGUGUUACUGGAUUACAAACUGGAAGAAAGACUUUCUUCUGUGACUGAUGUGCUAGUGUUCUAACAUGCACCUGUCAUGAAAGACACAAAUGUUCUAAUACUUUUAGUAAAGAUAAUAAGAUGAAGAAACACUCAACUGCUGAUUGAAAUGUCUCAUUCUACAAUCAAAGUAUAUCACUUGGCUUUCAACACAGUCUCAAAAUUUGCAAGUGCUCUGGAUCCUUUCUACUUUAGGAAGAAGCUCUUUCUCCUUUUAUGAUGGAUGAGUAAUGAAUGGAAUAUAGCUACUACAAGAUGAAUAAGUAAUCCAAUUUAUUUUCAGGGUUCCCAGUGCCGGUUCCGACACUGUGAAAAGGCCCUUGGCAGUGACACUGUGUGCUCAUUAUGGAGAGAGGGAAAAUGUCUAAGUCCACUUUGCAGAUUUAGACACAUGGAAAUGCAGCAAAACUGCAGUAUUUCAUGCUUCUGGGAAACUCAACCUCUUGGCUGUGUGAAGAUCAGUUGUAUCUUUUAUCACAGCAAACCUCGAAAUAUCAAUGGAUUAUUUUUGCCACCAAGUAGCAAUAUUACACUACAAAAAGAUACUCAGGAAGGAACUCCACCCCUGACGCAGAGUCAGGAGCCCCUGAAACCUCAGGAGAAUAUAUCACGACCCAUUCACCAUCCUUUAGUUUUAAAAACCAACUUUGAGGAAGAAGAGGAGGAAGGAAAUGAGCAGAAUGAUGCUUCAAGUUUAUGGACAAAGACUCCUGAAGAAAUUGAAGAAAAAAGAGCAAUAAAGGAGAUGUGUUAUAAAUCUGGUGAAUACUACAGGGUUCAUACGCCUCCAGAUAUUUCAUCAUCGAAAAGCACAGCCUCUACACCAGAAAAAGAGUUAGAAAAGCCUUUGGAAAAUGGCAGUGAAUUACAAGAAGGGGAUGGUCUUACAGUUCCAACAAAAUUUAGCCUAAUUGAAAGGCACGGUGAGGUCAAAGUAUCAUUGGAUAGGAAACCGAGGACUGACAUUGUUGCUUUUGAAAAUGGAGGAGGUGAUUGCUACAUUCCACAGAGGAUCAUAUUUCUCGGAGUAGAUGAAAAGAAAGAGAAAGAAAUCACCAUGUCGAAAUGUUCAAAUACUAAAGAUAACAAGGAAAGUCCUCAUCCAAAGCGUUCCCUAGCUACCCGACUAGCACCUACAACGCAUGUAUUAAAUGCUACUGAGAAUAUCAGUUUGAAGUGCAGAGAGGACCCCUCUUCAAUGAAUGAUGUCCAGCCGGUGAGGAAGCCUCAUUUUAAAGGCGUGAAAAAAAGAAAAUGGGUUUAUGAUGAACCAAAGAACUUUCCUGGCCAAGGAGUGCGGAGAGCACUACAGACCCCAAAUCCAAAAAAUAAAACUAGUUACCAUCGCAGUAAUAAAGACAGAAAUGCUGAGAAUGCAUCCUAUAUCCACGUUCAGAGGGAUGCUGUCAGGACUGUCUCUUUAAAUGCACCUCCCUGCAGCAGGCCCACACAUGGCUUCUACAAUAAAGUCAACGCUAACAAGGAACCCAAACUCAAUCUCUGUCCAGAUAAAUAUAUGUCAACACCAUAUAAUGGUUCAGCCUGGCGAAAAAGAAUUCCUUUUUCAAAAGCAUAUUCAAAAACUCAGAAGAUAUAUACAGAGCCAAGAAGAAAUGGGAGCAAGUAAACCUGGAGGUUGAGAGAAGAGAAAAAUGAAAAAGAGAAAAGUCCCAGACAUCAUUUGAUUUAUAAUCAAAAAUGAAAAUUCAAAGAAUGAGAUAUUCAAGUACUCCCUACUGUAUACUGGGUAGCCAAAGAUGAUAAAUGCAAAUUCUGAAAAUAA